CGGAAGCCGGCGGCCUCGCGGCCCGACGGAGGACAGGGCGCAAGGGCAGAGGCUGAGGUGGGGUUCCGGGCUCGCCUGGCUGAGGGGCGUGAGAAGGCCCGGAGGCGAGCUCGACGAGCAGACCUGCGCCCCGGUGAAGAUCGACCCGGCUACAGCUGGCCGGGAGCCGGUUGUGAAGAUGGCAGGGCCGGAGCUGCUGCUCGACUCCAACAUCCGCCUCUGGGUGGUCCUGCCUAUCGUUAUCAUCACCUUCUUCGUGGGCAUGAUUCGCCACUACGUGUCCAUCCUGCUGCAGAGCGACAAAAAGCUCACCCAGGAACAAGUCUCCGACAGUCAAGUCCUAAUUCGAAGCAGAGUCCUCAGGGAAAACGGAAAAUACAUUCCCAAACAGUCUUUCCUGACACGAAAAUAUUACUUCAACAACCCAGAGGAUGGAUUUUUCAAAAAAACUAAAAGGAAGGUUGUUCCUCCUUCUCCUAUGACUGAUCCCACUAUGCUCACAGACAUGAUGAAGGGCAAUGUCACAAAUGUCCUCCCUAUGAUUCUUAUUGGUGGAUGGAUCAACAUGACAUUUUCAGGCUUUGUCACAACCAAGGUCCCAUUUCCAUUGACCCUCCGUUUUAAGCCUAUGCUACAGCAAGGAAUUGAACUACUCACAUUAGAUGCCUCCUGGGUGAGUUCUGCAUCCUGGUAUUUCCUCAAUGUCUUUGGGCUUCGAAGCAUUUACUCUCUGAUUUUGGGCCAAGAUAAUGCUGCUGACCAAUCACGGAUGAUGCAGGAACAGAUGACUGGAGCAGCCAUGGCCAUGCCUGCAGACACCAACAAAGCUUUUAAGACAGAGUGGGAAGCUUUGGAGCUGACGGAUCACCAGUGGGCACUAGAUGAUGUCGAAGAGGAGCUCAUGGCCAAAGACCUCCACUUUGAAGGCAUGUUCAAAAAGGAAUUACAGACCUCUAUUUUUUGAAGACCAAGCGGGGGUCAGCUGUGUCAGGAACUCGGAGUAGCGCUUAACCUUGUAACUUUUGUUUGAGCUGGAGCCUCUCGGAAUAAAAAGGGGGAUGCGUGA